AUAUUUCAUGGGUUGUAGUUAUAAUAUGCUUGUAAGUUGUAAAUGCUAACAACUUUUUAUACAGGCAGUAAUUUGUUUAAGUAGAAAAAGUAACUGAACUAAGCAAGAUGUCGGAUUCUUUAACAUGCUGCAAGUACCUCAUGUUUUUCUUCAACCUUCUUAUCUUUCUGAGCGGUGCUGCACUUCUCGGAGUUGGUAUUUGGGUAGCAGUCGGCGCCGAUUCGUUUAAACAAGUGGUCAGCCAGGACCCGGCUAUAUUCAAUGCAGUCUACAUCAUCAUUGCCGUCGGUGCUCUCUUGUUUCUCGUCGGGUUCCUCGGGUGCUGCGGCGCAAUUAAAGAGAAUAAGUUCAUGCUCGGAGCGUUCUUUGUCAUGGUUCUUAUCAUCUUCAUACUUGAAAUUAUUGGGGGUGUUCUUGCAUUUGUGUAUUACCCGAAAGCUAAGCAAGCAGCUAUAGACUCCAUGAAGUUGUAUGAUGAUAACACCCCAGAAGGCAAUACAGUCAAAGCCGCAUGGGACGCUUUUCACACAGCUUUUAAAUGCUGUGGCAUUAAUUCACCAACAGAUUGGCUUGGACAAACUGUGACUUUUGUCCCAACUUCAUGCGCCGGCUUUACACAAGGAUGUGAGAGCGCCCUUAAAGGUUACUUCUGGGCAUUAGGUGGUGUCGCGAUUGGCGUUCUCUUUAUUGAGCUUCUGGCGAUGAUCUUCGCUUGCUGUUUGUACCGAGGUGUCAACAAGCACCAAUAUGCUUGAGGUAUAUUCAACCUUCGUAGAUAGUCGUUUAAAUCACGGCACACACAUACACAUGUAAAUAUACUUAACGUAAAAUCGAUGUAGCCUUAGGUGUUUCGUAGAGUUUCGAAAAAAAAGUAUUUCCUUUAUACCUUUGUGCUUUGAGCACAGAUAUUAAAUAUUAUAGUUCUACAAAUUUAAUUUAAUGCAUAAAGAUUAUACAUUAGGGUGAAAGAAGAUGGGACACCUUAUCAUUCUAUUUACUGGUCACAUUUAGUAGUAAACAAAAUAAAUUAUAAAACCGUUUCCUUACGACUCCCAUAAAUAGUCCGUUUUGGAUAUUUGGAUAUUCUGUGCCGAAGGUGUCCCAUCUUCUCCAACCCUGUUAUAUUUUGUGUUGUGUAGCGAUAACGGCUGACCAGCUGAAGACAUUUUUAUGUGAUAAAAAACUAUUUGUAGCUGGCCAGCUGUUAUCGUUACACAAUACAGUAUAUACGAUCUUUUUGCAAUAAGUUAAAUUUGGACAACUAUAAUAUUAAAUAUUUUUACUCUAAGCACAGUCAACCGCUACACCUUCUUUUCAAAAUAAGUUACCCCGUCAGAUGGGUACCGGAAUCCUGAAUAUUUUCACACAUUUCUUUUUAUCUUAAAAGUUUUAGGUUACAAAUCAAACCUACGUUUUAACUUUGGCACUGCGUUUGAAUAAAUGAAUAAAUUGUAAAAA